AUGCUGAAGCCAAGUGGAUUGAAAAUCCCAGGGAGGGGAGCCAAGCAUUCCAGCCCAGUGGGAAGAUCUUCAGCCGGGUCCGGGGUUACUAGCAGUGCUGGUUCUAAAGAAAGCUCCCCUCUUCAUAAACAAGGUUCUACAUCAUCUGUUGGUGCAGAAAAAACUGGAUCAAAAAUCACUGAAGUGGGCGAUGAGUUCCUAGGAGAUUAUGUGGUUGGCGAACGUGUGUGGGUCAAUGGAGUUAAGCCUGGAGUAGUACAGUAUUUAGGAGAAACCCAGUUUGCCCCAGGCCAGUGGGCAGGUGUGGUUCUUGAUGACCCAGUAGGAAAAAAUGAUGGAUCUGUUGGUGGAGUGCGCUACUUUGAAUGUCCGUCACUGCAAGGAAUAUUUACAAGACCAUCCAAAUUGACUCGCCAGCCUGUGGCAGAUGGUGGAGGAAGUGAUUCACAUUCAGUGGAAUCUUUGACAACGCAAAAUUUGUCUUUGCAUUCUGGAACUGCCACACCACCCUUAACCACUCGAAUUGUGCCAUUACGAGAAAGUGUGCUGAACAGCACUAUGAAAACAGGAAAUGAAUCUGGAUCCAACCUUUCGGACAGUGGGUCAGUGAAAAAGGGGGACAAGGAUCUACGGCUUGGAGACCGUGUUCUGGUUGGUGGAACAAAGACGGGCGUUGUUCGCUAUGUUGGAGAGACAGAUUUUGCAAAGGGAGAAUGGUGCGGAGUGGAACUGGAUGAACCACUGGGAAAGAAUGAUGGAGCUGUUGCUGGCACCAGGUACUUUCAGUGUCCACCAAAGUUUGGCCUAUUUGCUCCUAUCCACAAAGUGAUCCGCAUUGGUUUUCCAUCUACAAGUCCUGCUAAAGCUAAGAAAAGCAAAAGGAUGGCAAUGGGAGUGUCUGCAUUGACUCACAGUCCCAGCAGCUCCUCCAUCAGCUCAGUGAGCUCUGUGGCAUCUUCUGUAGGAGGCAGACCCAGUAGGAGUGGCCUGCUCACAGAAACAUCGUCUCGCUACGCACGGAAAAUCUCUGGUACAACUGCACUUCAAGAGGCCCUGAAAGAAAAGCAGCAACACAUUGAGCAAUUAUUGGCUGAAAGAGACCUGGAAAGAGCUGAGGUAGCUAAAGCCACCAGUCACAUCUGUGAAGUGGAGAAGGAGCUUACACAUUUGAAAACACAACAUGAAAAGUAUAUUACAGAGGCAGAAGGAAAUCUACAGAGGGCUUGCGCUAUGGUAGAAACAACACAGAAAGAAAAAAUUGAUCUGCUUAACCAACUAGAAGAGGAAAAAAGGAAAGUAGAAGACCUCCAGUUCAGAGUGGAAGAGGAAUCCAUUACAAAGGGAGAUCUUGAGACACAGACGCAGUUGGAGCAUGCCCGAAUUCGGGAGCUCGAGCAGAACCUACUGUUUGAGAAGGCAAAAACUGCAAAGCUUCUCAAAGAAUUUGAGGACCAGAGGUUAACAACAGUAGCAGAGCAAACCAGAAUUCAGCAGCUGGAAGAGGAACUGAGCCUUCGUCGCAAUGAGAUUGAAGACCUCCAAAACUGUUUAAUGAACUCCGGUCAGUCAGAGACACCUGAACAUAAUAUUGGACUGCAAACCGAGGCUUUGCGGCUACGAGAUCAGCUUCUGUCUGCUAGUAAAGAGCACCAAAAAGAGAGUAGCCAGCAGAGAGACAAGUAUGAAAAGAAUAUAAAAAGAUACCAACAAGAGAUUGAGAAAUUGAAGACCUCAAAUGAGAAGUAUGUCCAGGAAAUUGGAGAGUUGAAGAAAAAACUGGAACAGGCCACAAAGGAAAACAUAGGCAUGAUGGACAGUUGGAAAUCUAAAUUGGACAGCUUAGUUUCUGAUCAUCAGAAAUCAUUGGAGGACCUAAAAGGUUCUCUGGUUACCAGCCCAGACUCACAACAUAAAGAAAUAGUGGAGCUUAAAGCCAGCCUUGAAAGCCUUAAAAUGGAGCAUCAACUGGAACAUGAAAACCUGAAGGCUAAAAAUGAGAUAGAAAUUGCAGUCCAUGUCAAGGAAAGGGAGAGCCUGAAAAUCAAACUCCAAGAGGUUAAAGAUGAAGUAGAGGAAGUAAAUAACAACUGGAGAUCACAAUUAGAAGCAAAAACCAACCAACACCUCAAAGAGCUCCAGGACAUUAAAGACAAAUACCGAGAAGGAGAACAACGAGUAUGUGAGCUAGAGAAGCUUCAUGCAGGGUACAACGAUCAGACACAAGCCAUAGCUUACCUUAAGGAGCAGAUUUCUGUUGCCGAAAACAAAAUGCAGGACUAUGACAUGCUUCAGAAAACAGACACAAGAAACAAGCAAGAGAUUCAAAGAUUACAGGAGAAAAUACUUGUUACAGAAAACAAACUACAAUCAAUGGAGGCUAUUCAUUCUUCACAAAAUGCUAAUAUGAUUGAAACAAAUGAAAUGUCUGAAGAAAAAAUAAAAACGAAAAAGACAAUAGAAGAUUUACAGCUGAAGCUUAACAAACGAGACAGAGAAGUAUCCUCUAUGUCUACACAUAUCGAAUCACUUAGGGCUCAAAUCAAUGCACUGGAGAGUAAAUGUAAAUCAGGAGACAAGAAGAUGGAUUCAUUAGUAAAGGACAAUAAGAAGCUAGAAGUGGAACUAGAAGCUUUUUCUAGGAAAUCUCAUGAUGCAUCAGGCCAGUUUGUCUUGAUCAGCCAAGACUUGCUAAAAAAAGAAAGAAGUCUCAAUGAGCUGAGAGCUUUAUUACUUGAAGCCACUCGGCAUUCACCAGGACCUGAGAAAGACCUAAGUCGGGAGGUCCAUAAGGCAGAUUGGAGAUCAAAAGAACAAAAAUUAAAAGAAGAAAUCAAAGUACUUAGAGAAAAAUUAACGGCUUUGGAUAAAGAGAAAGCAGGAACAGAUCAAAGGAGAUACUCAUUAAUAGACCCAUCCACAGAGUCGGAAGUUCUGAAGUUGCAACACCGUUUGGUUAGCACAGAAGAUGCACUUCGAAUAGCUCUAGACCAGGGUCAUCAAAUGGAUAAACUAAUGGAGGCCAUGAGAAGCAGUGCUGAAAAGUCUCAGGUAUAG